UUUGUAAAUCAAGUUCACCCUUAUAUUGUCUGUUACCUUUUUUUAAUUCUUUGAAGGUAAAAAGUAACAACAGAAAGCUUAAAUCAGUAAGCACAGGAAGUACAAGGAAAAAUGUUUGGUAGUGACAGCUAAGCAGCACAUUUUUCUUGUUCAUCUUAUUUUAAUUUCUAAAAUAUAAAAUGGCUGAUGAUAUAGAUGAUUUGUUAGAUGAAGUAGAAACAAAAUAUUGUCCAAAAGAUAGACGAAAGGGCAAAGAGACAUCAAGUAGUAUAAAAUCAAGGCGAAAAGCUAGUGAAGAUCAUGAUGACUUGGACCAGAUAUUAGAUGAUUUGAAAGUAGAACCACUGCCAGACGUUAAACCAAUUAAAUCAAAUGGGUAUGAUGCCAGAACAGAGACAGCUAAAAAAUGUUAUCCAAUAUAUAUAGGUGGGGCCAACUGCUCUUGUGGAAUGGGAACAUCCAUGAGUCAAAAAACCUGUGAUAAAAUGAGAUGUACAUCAUGUGAUUUUAAAGUGGUCAGUUUUGAUAACUUUGAGUGGACCACAGAUACAGACUAUUUAUUUCUGAGGAAUCAUGCUCCAGAUUUCCAAAAACUAAAGUCAAAUUUAAAUUCUAGAAAAGGAUACAGAGCUUAUUGUUGUCAGUGUUCAUUCAGAUCUAUAAAAGAUUUAACACAGCUUAAAGAUCCACAACUUAAAUGGGUGUGUGGAAAACAUUGAUGAGACUUUGAUCUAGAUCUGAUUCAUCAAGCAUCUUUAUAUCUACAAUACUGUCAUGUGAUCAUUUGUGUUUAUUUUGAGAACAUCCAACAAAUGUCAUUUUACUUUAUAUAAUACUUCAAAAUGUGUUCAAGUGAUUGGAAAGUAUUAUUAUAAUUAUACACCAUUGUUUACUGUCUCCUCACUUGUAGAUUAUUAUAAUCUUUCAUUGUCACAAAAAUGGCUGACAAGAAGCUUACAUUGGUCACUUUGUAUUUGACUGCUAAUUUGUUUGAUGAAGUUCAAGUACAGAAAAAAAAUAUAAUCCUGGUUUUAAUUUAAUACUGCAAUAGAUUUUUGUCCAAGAUUUUCUAUUUAUGACAUGAAAGUACUAACUAGGUGAAAAAGGUAUUUUUGUUCUAAUGGCAAAUAAUUUAUACUGUAAAUUCAUUUUCAUCAACCAGUGUAUAAGUUCUCUCUCUCUCAGUUGAUUUUAAGGUUGUAACGUUUUUCUUUCUUUUUCACUGAUGUGCCUUUUCAUAAUGCUGGGAAAAUAGUUUGUAUGUCUUCACGAUAAUUUACAUUGAAUAAUACAUGUAUGUGUAAUGGGACCACAAAUGUUUAAAAGUUAUAGUGCAUGAUUUGUGUCAUAAUUUAUGUUGGGUUAUUCCAGUCUUAUAUUCUUUAUUUAUUUUCUAUUAUUUUGUUCUUGCCAAAAUAUAACAGAAGUCAUAUGAAUAACAUUUAAUUUUAAGAUUUUGUCAUGCGAAUUGUAAGAAUGGCCUUUUGAACAAAUAUUAAUCUUAUGUUCCUUCUUAAGUUCUAUUGAUAUUGUUGUUUACAGGCUUUUUUAUUGGGGUAUUUACUAUUUAGGUGUGUGCAAUCUAUAUUGAUGUAGAAUUUACUGCUUUACUCUGCUAAAAUGCUAGUCAUAUUUAUCUAUAUUUAAACUCAUAUAAAAGCUUGUAAACUGGUGAAUAGGGAACUAUAACAAAAAUAACACUUUUUGUGAUAAUCAUAACAAAAUCAAUCAUUUGUUUAAUUUGGUAUCCCCACAAAUUAAAAGUCAUUUCAAAACCAAAAUUGCUCAUUUAAGGUUGCAUUUCUGUAAAUAUUGACAAUGCAAUUUCCCAUAGGAACUCCCUUUACGGCUCAAACUGUACCACUUUUACAAUGAAGUUUUGAAAAAAAUCUUAUUCUAGAAUUGAAAGUUCAUUUGCACCACAAUUUUUUUCAAAGGUCAAAAUAUAGGACUGUGCAUCAUAUUUUCAAUGUUUAUUUGCCCUGAACUUCUCAGAGUUUAAACUUACACUAAUUUUCUUAACUACCCCUACCUCGAAUGAAAGGUUACCACAGAUCUCAUUGUAAACAAUAUGUACAUGUAAAUGUACUGGUAACAUUCCCAAGUUAUGUCUCUGUCAGAUGGAACACAGAGAGCAUAACUGGGAACCAGUAUGUAAACAAAAUUAAUUUUCUAUGAAUAUUCAAGAUCUCCCCAAAAGAGGCGUGUUUUGAGAAACAGCUGUAUUUACAAAGUGCAACCUUAAAUAGCAUCUGUUAAAAUUAUGAUAUUUGCAAUAUACAUGGAAAUGUAUAUCAUAUUGUUUAUCAUUUAUCAAAAGAAUUGCAUUAGAAGUUUGCUACACUUGACAUUUACAGCCAGUAGAAAAAAUAUGUUAAAGUUGGUACAAAUGUACUUGAAUUUAUUUUGAUAGCAAUACCAAUUUCACACAAAACUAUAGCCUCAUGUUCUCAAUGCUUAACAUACUAGGAAGGAAUUCUCUACUUUGUUUUAAGUUAUCUUAAUUUUUGUCCAUUAUUUCCAUUCACCAGAUCAUUUUGAGAACUUAAAAAAUCAGUUACAACUUCACAGAGAAUGGGUGGAUCAUUAAUUGACAUGUUUAAGUGUUUGCAAGGGAGAUAAUUUUAUGUUUAACUGGAUGCUAAGUGUGAUUUCCACACUAAAAAAUAUAUAUCUGUCUAAAUCUCUCUUUUUAAAUGGCCUCUGAAAUUCUAAAGAAAGUCUCAAGAUGAUUUUGAAGUGCAAUAGCAACAACAUAGCUUAAAUAUUGUAUACAGUGUUUUUGUAUGUUUAAAUAUUAAUCUUUAUCAUAAAAAGUCUUUAGAAAACAGAAUUAUAUCAGAAGCUGGCAGUAUCUAAUUACAAAUGUAGUAAGAGCAGCAUGGACAAAGCAUAUAUAUUUCAGAUGACAAGGUUGUACACUAUUAAAGUCUUAGUUUAUAACGUUCCCAAAGUGUGAAACAAUUGUCUUUAGACUUAAUUUUGCAUAGUAAGUGCUAGGUUAUUGCAUAGUAAGUGCUAGGACAUUGCAUAGUAAGUGCUGGGUCGAUGCUUUAAUAGAAAUUAAAAUAUUCAGAAAGCUAAUAUAUAACCAUCUUAAUUGUGUGUUUCAGCAAGAAAGGGAAGGUUGCACUUAUUCUGAAUUUCUAUAUAUUUGUUUCAUGUUAAAUAAUUUAUUGUGAACAUUAUAUGUGAAUUUUUGUUAAAAAUAAAUGUUGAAUAAAG